AUGUCCAGUCGACCACCAAAUGAAUUCUUCCUUGUGGGGGCUGGCAUGGUGAUUAUCAUCGGCUAUGCAAUCUAUCAGAACUAUCUCCAUCCAUUAGCCAAAUAUCCCGGACCAUUCUUGGGCAAGUUCCUCAAGAUGGAAGCAGUGCACCGUAUUUUAAGCCGAUCAAGUGGUGAUGUUCACUUGCAUAUUCGGCGCUGCCACCUCAAAUAUGGUGAAAUGUCUAGCCUGCACGGUGUGCCCCAGGGAAAUGAAGCUGACCUUCGAGUUCUCCAGGACCGAUUGUACGCUACGGUCCAAACGUUCUCAUCUUCAAUACCGUCGCAGGACUUAAAGGUGCGGACCUGGCUUCGCUUUAACUUGCACCGGUUUCUGACAGUCCCAGAUAUAUACGUGAAUUCCAAGAAUAUUGUGAAGGAUGAUUGUUACCAAUUGCUCCAUAUUGGCGCCAAGAGCAUCUUGACCGCCACAGAUCCAAAAGACCACGGGCGACGCGCGAGGAUAAUUAGACCUGGUUUCGCCAACUCUUCUAUCAAAGAAUUUGAACCGAAGAUUCGGACACAUGCCUUGAGGCUACUCGAUGCUCUCUCCUCAGCCAGCACGAGCCAAGAAGACCAUUCCUGGGGGCAGCCCCUUUCGAUGUCUGAUUGGUGUAGCUAUUCGACAUUAGACAUUAUCACCGACCUGGUCUUUGGACGCAGUAGCGACCUCGUCCGUCGGCCAGAGUUGAGACAUAUCGUAUCCGAUAUUGAAGGGAUGCUGGAGCAUGCUUCUUUCCUGAUGCAUGCGCCAUAUGUCCUGUUUGGGAGGCUAGACAAUGAAAUCCGCCGCACCUUUCAAUCUCUUGAUGAGAUAAAAACAGGAGCAUCUCUGCAAAGCUGCACCUACCUCGAAGCAUGUCUCAAGGAAACCUUGCGAAUUUCGCCUGGAGUGGCAGGCGCACUGUACCGUAAGGUCGGCAAAGGCGGAGCGGUCAUCGACGGCCACCUCAUUCCCGAAGGCUGCAGCGUGGCCACUGGCAUUUACAGCUUGCAUCAUAACGAAUCCUACUUUUCCCAACCGGACGUCUUCAUUCCGGAGCGCUGGCUUUCGGAUAGUGAGACACCAUUUCCAUUUGCACUGUCGGCUGCGUACACUCCAUUCUCACUGGGGUCCAGGGCCUGUCUGGGUCGCAACCUCGCUCUCACGGAGCUGCAGAUCUUGACUGCCGCCAUCGUAUGGCAAUUUGACUUCAGAUUUCCGCCCAGGUGCGAGACGAAUGUGGGAGCUGGGCAUCCGCUUGGAAGUAGCGGUCGGGCAAAUCCUGUAGAGUUUCAGCUGAGUGACUAUAUCGUUAGUCACAAGAAAGGCCCUGUGCUUCAGCUUCGCCCACGGCGGCAGUCUUGA